CGAGUAGCAAUUGUAAAUACGUGGCUUGGAUCUAUCGUUGGGGCCAUACCACCUAUGAUGGGUUGGACAGCGUGCACUAAUAGUCUCGACGCCGGAGCUUGGACUUUGGGAGCGUUACUAUACGCCUGGCAAUUUCCUCAUUUUAACUCACUCGCAUGUAAUUUGCGAGAAGAUUAUUCAAAAGCAGGUUAUAGAAUGAUGGCAGUGACCGAUCCGGCUUUGAACGCUCGUGUCUCUUUGAGACAUAGUCUAGCAUUGUUUUCUUUGUGUUAUUUGGCGCCAUACACUGGGAUGACUACUUGGUGGUUUGCUUUAGACUCGACAGUCAUUAACAGCAUUUUGCUCUUUAGAGCUUUUAAAUUCUGGCAUGAUUCUAACGAUAGAACAGCGAGGGAUUUGUUCUUCGGAAGUCUUAUACAUUUACCCAUAAUUCUAGCUUUGAUGAUGUUUCACAAGAAUAAUACGGAGACUGAAUAUUGGAUCGAGAUGGAAGAAGAUGAGAAUGAUAAGGGAGGAGAAUAA